GAUGGCGGCCCUCGGCGAGGAAAGUCGGCCCCAGCCGGUGGCUUUACGGUGAGAGCCUCAGCCCCGGAGAGAGCACGGAGCCGCGGGCGUCUCCCGAACCCGUUAAACAAAAAAACCCAAUAAGACCCCGAACAAACGGCUCAGGUUCGCCGGGGAGCAGCGGGAGGUCACGAUUCCAGCGGGCGGCCUACCUCAUCGGACAAAGCGUCGGUGUUUCCUGGAUACUGUGGCCGGGGGAGAGCGCUGUCCGUGGGCGUCCGCUGACGGGAGGAUUCGGGCAGAUGAGCGUCGGAGGGAUUAUAUGCAGAUGAGAUCUCCAACUGGCCGAAGCACCUGGUUUUCCAAAUGUUUGCCCAGUCAGACAAUAUUUUAAAUUCAUAUUCCAGUCAUGGCUUAUGAUGAAGCAUUCAAGAGAAAAGAAGAUUGUGUAGUGGGUGAAAGCGGAAUUGAAGAGGUGGGUCUGGCAGCAGGCAGAAGCCAACGAGAGAAGAAGCGCUCGUAUAAAGAUUUGCUGAGAGAAGAGGAGGAAAUAGAUGCAGAAGUCCGAAAGUCAGCCAAAAAGAAAGCGAAGGAUACUGAAGGUUUCCUGUUGGCUGCCGAUAUUCAUAAGAAAAAGAAGAAAUUACAUCAUUUAAUGGGCGAAGAAUUCUACUAUGGAGAAUUGUCACCGAUGGAACCUGUGAAAAAGAAAAAGAAGUCUGAGGGUCAUCAGGCUGACACCGCCAUGGGUCUCCUCAAGGCCAUCACUUCACCCAUAUCAACAGCUCCAAAACCUUCCAAGAAACCUGAGAAAUCGCUUGCUGCUUUUAGCUCACCAUCCUAUCCUCCUUUAUACCCUGAGAUCAGGAAGGAGCAUAAGAAGAAGACUAGUAGUGCAGAGCAUGAGGAAACCCCUGAAGAAGGGGACUUACAUAAGGCAAAAAAAAUGAAGCCAAUUUUUGUAAAUACAGACACUGUGACGGUGCGUGAGGCAGAAGGUUUAAAAAUGAAGCUCCUCCUCUCACCUAAGGACAAAUCAGGCACAGAUGAUGAAGCAUUCAACUUUGCCACAUCAUCAAGCCUUAAGAAAUCAUCAAAGAAGAUGAGCAGGGAGCAGGAUCAUGCCACAUUCCACUCUGCCCUCGAGGCCCAAGGCCUGUCAAAAACGGUGGUUCGCAAAAAGCACAGAUCAGAAUCUCGAACCAGUGAGAGCUUUGAUUCUGAGACACGUUUUUACAGUGAGGUCCGUGCUGGCAACCUCUCAGAGUGUGACCUCUCAGGCCUUGAGGCGCUGGAGACGGCAUCAUCCUCUGGUGGUGAGCUAGAGGCGGGAGAACUGGUCAUCGAUGACUCCUUCCGCGAAAUGAAAAAGAAGAAGAAAAAAGACAAGAAGAGCAAAAAAAAGAAGGACAAGGAGAAACACCGAGAGAAGAAACACUCCAAAUCAAAGAAGAUGCAUACCCAUUCCCCUGUGAAGAUCUUAGCAACGACCAAGUGCUGCUACCCAACGCAGUCGACUGUUAGCACACCUUAUGCAAUUAAUGUGCCCCCACCUUCCAUAUUCCACAUAGAAGGGCAGAGUGAGAAAAAGAAGAAAAAGGAGGAAAAAGAUAAAGAAAAAGUUGAGAAACCAGAAAAGAAAAAGAAGAAUAUGUCUGCUUACCAGCUGUUUUGCAAGGAGUACAGGAUUAAUAUUGUUGCUGAACAUCCAGGAAUAGAUUUUGGUGAGCUUAGCAAAAAGUUAGCUGAAGUCUGGAAACAACUGCCUGACAAGGAGAAACAGGUCUGGAAGCAAAAGUGCCAAUACCUACAGCACAAGCAGAACAAAGCGGAGGCCAUGACAGUGAAGCGGAAACUGACUGACUUAUUGGAAGAGACAGCCACUAAACAGAAAGGCAGACAAAAUUCUUCAUCUCUAUCCAGUGUGGCAUCAUCACACAAGAAAUCAACCCAUUUGCUGGGAUUGGGAGGAAGCAGUCACUCCUCUUCCCCCAUUAAAAUGCCAGAUAUCGAUCCAAUUGAUGUCGCAGCCCACUUGCAGCUUCUGGGUGAAUCAUUGAGUCUCAUAGGUCACCGAUUGCAAGAAACUGAGGGGAUGGUGGCGGUGUCUGGGAGUCUCUCUGUCCUGCUGGAUUCCAUCAUCUGUGCGCUCGGUCCUUUAACUUGUCUCACUGCGCAGGUUGAAUGUCUCAAUGGGUGUCCAAAAGAAGUCCUGGCCCAUACUCUGGAUAACAUUGCUUAUAUCAUGCCAGGCCUUUGAUCUUUGUGGAUUGUUGGAACUGGAAGAAUACCAGAAAACUGAAUAAUAUAUUGUACAUAAAGACUUGGCUGUGGAGGAACACGUGUGUUCUGUACCCUUUCCCAUAGUAUUGUAAUUAUUGUUGAGUGGGGUGAAAGCCUGAUUUCAAACUGUCAAGACAUACAGCAGGCUGAGUGGGAAGAUUGUGGUUUAUCAUAGAACUUAUGGACUGACUGGCACUUACGUGGGACCACUUCAACACCAAAUGAGAAAGCAAGCGCUGGAUCAUCUUACGCUGAAGUCUAAAUGUUAUCACGGGUACAUGUCAUUUUGUAAGUCUAAUGUUUAAACAAGAUGUAUGUCACAAUUUUUGUUUUAGAAUUGUGAAUCUGGAAUAAAAAAAAAAGUUGGAAAUAUGUAACUGCUUAGUUGCCCACUGAAACAAGGAAACUGCAGUGUUCCAAUGGAAGCCCAGAUUCACAGGUGCCAAAGCUACCUUGAACUUUUAGGUGCUCAGCUAUCCAUUAUAUGUUUGCAGUUACCUUUCUAUUUCAGUUGAAUUAUUUUAUACAAUUGAAAAUGCAGCAUCUCUUGUGUUUCACAGCAGUUCCCAUUCUGUCCUUGGUGCAUUAACUCCAUUUAAUUCUUCCAUGGAUUUUUUUUAUUGUAGGUACACUCAUAUGAGCACAGCUUAUAAGAGAUGUAAUGUUUUGUGAUUAAUUGUUCUCUUUCAAAGUUGAUUCUAUGCAUAGACUGCCUCAUACAGGAUCAUAGGGUUUAACACCACCUCAUUUUUGCUUUAGACUAGCAAAACCUUGCAAAGUUUUGUCUCUUUAUCCAUUACAUCUUAACUCUACCUUUCCUUUCCUGAACAACUUGACAGGUACCUAGGUAAUUGUUCUUGAUUUUAUUUAUUCACUCACAGAUCGUGGGCACUGCUGGCUAGGUCAGCACGACAUCCAUUCCUAAUUGCCUGGAGAAGCUAGUGAGUUUGUCAUCUUCCUGAACCACUGCAGUCCAUUGGCAAAGGGGCCUUCAUAGUACUGUUUGGGAGGGACUUCCAGGAUUUGUCCUCGUGACACUGAAGGAAUGGAGCUAUACUUCUAAAUCAGGGUGGCAUAUAGUUUGGAGAGAAUCGCAAGUAGCGGUGUUCCCAUAUCUCUGCUGCCCUUGUCCCUUAGAUGGUGGAGAUUGCAGGUUUGGAAGGUGCUGUCGAAGCAAGUGAGUCUGGAUGCUCGGUGUUAAGAUUGGUAUAUUUUGUUGAGCUAUUCCAGUCCUACCCUUUUUCAAACUCGCUGCAAAAAAAAAUUUCCCUUCAAUAUUUAUUGAAUUUACUUCCACGUGCUUUUGGGCAGUUUUCUCUCGAACUGUAUAUUAAAAGAAAAUCCUGAUUCAUUUGGAAUCCGUGGGUCCUCAGAUUACCUACCCACCUGGCACUGGAAACCACUUCUCCCAUUUAAUUUUAAAACCUCAUUAUUGCUCUAGUAGUUUCUUUGUAUGAACAUUUCAUUGCAUUAACCAGACAACAUUAAAAUAGUGUUUUAGUAAUAGAUGGAAAUUACCUGCUCAUUGGAAGUGAACUGGUUCUGUACAUGUUCGAAAGAAGAGCCUUAUUGGAUUCAAAAUGUGAACUUUGUUUUUCUUACCAAACAUGCUGCCAAAUUUGUUCAGUUUCUCCAAAAUUUUUGCAAAUUAUUCUGUGGUUGAGUUUUUAGUUCAGGAUUGUGUUCAUUACAGAUAAUAGCUUCAAACAUUUAGGCUUUAUCUUUCCUGAAGCACCAUGGGACAUUCUCCCACAAAGGUACUCUACAAAUACAAGUUGUUGUUGGAAGGUACAUAACAUUUGCUUUGCUCCAUUUUUCAGUUCUUUUCUGUAGGAUAAUGAUGCCUUUGAGGCCACUGUGUAGCUGCUCUUCAUAAAUAAGUGCCAUCUCUUGUCAAGUAUACUCAUUGUUGAGAAAGUUUCUCUGCAUGGAGAGUGUGUGUUUAAACCAGUAAUCGUGCAUCUGUAUCUUCAUUUAAAGUUACACAACAAAGUUGGUGAUUUUUGUCAAAUUGGUUGAGACAUUCUGAACAAGGUUUGAAAUAUUCACUGACAAUUUGCCUUUACACGGUGCCUUUUAAUGUAACUGUGCUUUAUUGUUUUUCCAUUAGGUUACAGGCUGUAGUGUGAACUGAGAGUUGUUUUGCAGUAGUUCUGCAGUUGUCAUAUAAAAACUCUUCCAGAACUCAAUGGAUUAAAUCCAGUAAGCACCUCCCAUCCUGGCUGCUGUUGGUGUGGGGUUGUGGGGGAAUUUAGAAACAUCAAAUCCUUACAGUGUGGAAGCAUGCCAUUUGGUCCUACAUGUCCGAACCGACCCUCUGAUGAGAAUUCCCCCCCCACCCCCCACCAGACGCACUCCCUAUCCUAUCCCUGUAACCCCACAUUUCCCGUGGCUAAUUCACCUAGCCUGCACAUCCCUGGACACUACGGGUGAAUUUAGCAUGGCCAAUCUGCCUAACCUGCACAUCUGUGGACUGUGGGAGGAAAUCCAGGUUCCCCAAAGGAAACCCGCGCAGACACUGGGAAUGUGCAAACUCCAUCCGGGGGUAGAAUCAAACCCAGGUCCCUCGUACUGUGAGGCAGCAGUGCUAACCACUGAGCCACCGUACCAUCCAAUUCGUCCAAUCAGGAAACACAGCGUCAGAAGAAAAGGGUAGGACAUUUAGGACUGAGAUAAGGAGGAAUUUCUUCACUUGGAGAAGUUGAAUCUUUGAAAUUCUCUACCCCAGCGAGCUGUGAAGAUUCAGUCAUUGAAUCUAUUCAUGACAGGGAUCAAUAGAUUAAGAUAUUAAGGGAUGUGGGGAUUGUGCGCAAAAAUGGUGUUGAGGUAGAAAAUCUAGAAUUUUGGAUCAAGGAUCGGAAUGGCUGAUUCUUGCUUCUCUUUUCUAUGUUCCUAUCGUUAAGAAAUCAUAAAUUAUUUUGAUACUCAGGACAGGCAGUUUCAGGCACAAGUAUUCAGUGAGACUUGUUGUACAGCUAACUAUCCAUUACUAGAAUCAAAUAGUGUUUGGUGUAUUGCUAACUGAAUCACAACAUGGACCUAGUUCUGUUAUGACAUGUCCUUAUUAAAAUCAUGAAGGUUACUAAGUAAAUUUUAACUAUUCCUUCUCAUAUGUCUCCUCUGAGGAAAUGGAAAAUACGCAUGGAGCUAUUAAAUAUUCACAUUGUCAAUUAUUUGCUAUCAAAAUGACCCUCCCCAAACACAUUUAAAAGGUUAAUUACUAUUUAAAGAUGUUUCUUUUGAAAUGGUGUGACUUAUUUUAUUUUCACCCAGUUUAAUUGUAGGGGUGAGUUAGCUCACCUCUGACAUGGACCUGCCUGUGCUGCCUCAUUGCUGUUCCUUCACUGUGUCUGGAUCAAAUUCCUACUACAACUCCAUUGCACUGUGGAUGGAUCUACACCCCAUGGAUUAUAGCAGUUCAAGAAUUCAGAGGCAGUUAUGGAUGGGUAACAAAUGCUGCCGUUGACAGCGUUGCUCACAUUCCCAUAAAAUAUUUCUUUUUAAAAAUGUCUAUCUUGCCAAUGACGAGCUGAUCAUUUUGACACAUGAAAUCUGACCAGGCUGGGCAGUUCUGAAUAUUUGGAUGGAAAUGUAAAACAGUCCAGUUCUAGGAUGUCCCUUUAUAAGCAUACAAACUGCUUGGUUUGGUUUAGCCUGAUUACACUGCAGUGCAUGUUGCUGAAACAACAGGCUGGCCUCUUUAUAACUACAACCAAAAGAAAUGAGAAUAGGAGUAGGCUGUUCGAUCCCUUGAAUCUGUUGCAAGAUUCAACGUCAUCGUGACUGAUCAGAUUGCGACCACAAUUCCACUUUCCUGCCUUUUCCCCAAAAUCCAUUUUUGAUCCAAAAUCUGUUAAACUCACACAGCCUUGAAUAUAUUGCUGUCAGGGAGUAGAACCUCCAGGCUGACCAACCCUCUCUGAGCGAAAACAAAUCCUCCUUGUAUCAGCCUUAAAAGGGACAGCCUUUAUUUUUAAAUCCGUUCUGGACACCCUUGCAAGACCAAACAUUUCUUGGAAUCUGACAAAGCACAUACUCUCAGGAUUAUAUGUUCCAAUAAGAUAAACUCUCAUUCUUCCAAAUUCAUGCUACAUUUUAGAUACAAAGAUUUGGUUUGGAUGCAGCCCUGAGUCGACCUUGCUAAACCCCGGGUUAUUUACUGAGCAAAUAGAUUAAAUUGUUUGGGCAGUCGGUGAGAAAUUGAACAGGUACAUGAGGAGGCUGUUCAAUUCUUCAAGCUUGUUCCACCCAUCCAAGCUGCCGCUGAAUCAGAACUUGUAAUUCCAAGUCAAGUAAAUGUGUGCCUCAUAAUCCAAAACAGGUCUCUGACACUAUUUCUUCAAGUCUAAUUGUACUUGUUUUUUCACCUCUGGGAUCAGAAUGUGGAUGCAGCUCAACUGCAUGCAAUAAAUAAUUUAUUUGUUUCUUCUGGCUAACAGAUCAUGGAGAUGGCAGCCAAGGGAAUAGAAAAUGUCAAACUCACAAAUAGCAGAGUGUGUUGUUGGAGCUGAGUAGGAGGAACUUUACUAUAUAUGCCUCCUCAGCUGCCCCCCCACCCCCUCCCUCCCUGCUUCAGCUGUCCAUUACUCUUGACUGUAUCUUCCCUGAUAAGACAUGCUUCUAUUGCGUGCCAGAAAUGUACUAAUGUACCUCGUUCUGAUGAGUUCAAAUCACACGCUAGGUCACAGUCCUCCUUGGUACAUGUUGAGCUGAAUUUCUACCUCCUUCUGGGAGAAAACCAUGGGUCAUUGGACCUAUUCUGUUUUCAACGUAAGUACAGAGCUGUCUUACUGAUCAAGCCGUUUUCCUUUCUCACUGCUUUAGCACCACGAUGAACUAAUUUCCAAAACCUGUGCUCCCAUCUACAGGCUAGGUGUCGCCAUUAAAAUUUAUUCUUCCAAAAUUAAAAGAAAAUGUGUAAAGGUUUAGAAUUUUUUUAAACAUCUUGAGCUAUCAUAAUAAGUGCUUUUUGAACUGUCUUUAGUUGAGCACUGUAAACCGUAGUUGUGUGCUAUAUGUACUACAUAAAAAAAA